AUGGCUCCGCAAAUCCAUCUUGUCCGCCACGCGGAAUCUAUCCACAAUGUUUCCAAAGACUUCUCUCAACUUGACCCUGGCCUGACACCACUUGGCUUUGAACAAGCCAGAGAGCUCACCCAAACGUUUCCCCAUGCUCCACAGGUGGGCAUAAUCCUCACCUCCCCGCUGCGGCGCGCCAUCCAAACCACACUCGCUGCUUUCUCACACGUCCUCGAUAAACGCUAUUUUGAUCAAGACUCUGACCAUGGUAUCGAAAAUGGUGCGACCCUCAUCCUGGAUCCAGAUUUGCAGGAACGGAGUGCCCUUCCCUGCGACACUGGAUCCACAUCUUCGACCCUAGAGCAGGACUUCCCGAGACUAGACGUCAAAGAUUUACCGGAAGGUUGGCAAGUGAAGGAGGGUAUUUAUGCCCCUGAAGAUGAGGCAGUGGAGGAGCGGGCGAAGAGAGUGAGAUCGCGCGUCGCGGAACUCUCUGAUCAAUUGAAGGAGCAACAACGGAAAGAUAUCGUGAUUGUAACGCAUGGUGUUUUCAUGAAGUUCCUGUCUGGAGACGCAGAUAUUGAUCUCCCAAAAGCGGGGUGGGAGAGCUACACGCUUGAGAAACAUAGCUCUGGCAUUGUUCUGAGUGGAAAAUAG